AUGGAAUAUCUUGUGGAUGCAUUAACGAGAGCACCAACACAAGUUUUGGUAAAAAGUGCUACUCAAUUCGGUGAAGAUGCUGCAAGAGUUUUGGGAGCAGCCAUUGAAGAAUCACUUAAAAAUUGUACAGAGGAAAUUACAACUAGUAUUAAAGAAAAUUUGAGAGUAUCCGGAAAGGGAAUAUCAAAAGAAUUAGAUAAAUUUUCCCAGGUUUUUAAAGAGACUGCAGUUGAAGGAUUUACAGAGUGGGGUAUUGGUAUUGAAAGAGCAUUCUAUCAUUUAGGUCAUAAAUUGGAAAAUGGUUUAAAUAAUACAGCUAAUAGAUUGGCUGUUCAAUUGGAUACAAGUAUUGAAAAUAAUUUAUCAAAAAUUGAUUUGACAGUUAGAGAUAGUGUCGAUGUUUUUUCGAAAGGUUUUUUAAAAGAACAAGUUCCACAUUGGAGAAAUAGUUUUAUGAGAGAAUUGAAUAUUGUGAUGAUAUGUUUACUACUUGUUAGUAUUGGAAUAUUUAUUUUGUGUAUGAGUUGGGCUCUUGGAGGAUAUCAAAUCAUUACCCACAUUUUGACAAAAGAGUUCAGUACAUUGUGCUUUUUAAUUUUUGCUGUUAUUAAUGGAAUCUCCCUGUAUAUAUGGAGCAAGUCACUGAAAGAAGGUGAAAGCUCAAACGCUUCUGUACAACAGCAAUCUGAAGAAGCUGCAACUCCAAACACCAAAUGGGUUAGAAAUAUCAUAACAGAACAACACUUUUAUUACAAGAAGAAUCCCCAAUUAAUGCUGAUAUUUGUGGGGUGUUUGAGUUUCUUAAUGGGUCAUUUGGGAAGAGAUGUUUUUUCAUUCUCCUCGUUUUUAACUCCUUCAUCUGGAAUUGUUUUUCAAGCACUAACUCACUUGACUUCAUGGUUCCAUAUUUUGAUAAUUCUCAUACUUAUGAUUGCCAUCACUCUGAUUAUUAAUAAGAUACUCUUAUUCCAAGUAACCUUAAAGGUUUACACUUUAUGGAAAGAUUGGAUGAAAUUCAGAGAAUUGAUGAGAAAUGAUUCUCGUAUUGUUACCUCUAGUCCUAUUCAAGAAGACUCGGUAAAGCAAGAAGUAGUUAUUGAAAGAGUUGAAUCAGUCAAGUCUCAUACUAAUAUUGGUGUUGGAGAUGAAGUUCAACAACCAACACUUCCUCCUGUACGUACAUCUUUGACUAACAUUCCAAGAAUUUCUCCAAAGAGCUAUUCAUCUGGAAACAUACCUGUCAGACAACAGAGUAGUGCAGAACCACUGUCAAAGAGAGCUCAUAGUGGUGAUCAUUUAGAAUCUUUCAAUGAUGAUUCCAGUAGUGACAGUAGUGAGGAAUCAAGCAGUAGCGAUAGCAGUACUGAAGAAGAGGAACCAAAAAUCACUCGUGUUGGGGACAUCCCAAUCUCUGGUGCACCUUUCCUCUUGUUCUGCAAACAGAAUAGACCUAAGCUCACUCAACAAAAUCCAAACGCAUCCUUCUUUGAAGUAAGGAAAAAGCUAGAUGAAAUGUGGAUGAACCUGAGUGAGGAUGAGAAACAUGUCUAUGAAGAACAAGUGGAGAAGUUAAAGGAAGAGCUGUAAAUAAAAUUAGUUC